AUGUCCGGGUCAGACUCGGACUCGGACUAUGCACUGGCGGCAGUGGCGCCGACAGCCGGCGAGGUGUGCUUGCGGCUGACAGCGGCGGCGAUGCUGGGAUAUGCGCUGGUGCUGAUUCUUGGUGUGGUCAUCAUCGAGGCUCGCGGAUGCGUGCCGCGGUCGCCGCUGCCGCUGUCGCUGCCGGCUGCGCUGGAGCCGGCCACGCUCGGGGUUUGGUCGGCGACGAAGACCCGGGUCUGCGCCACUCCGCCGUGCCUGGCGUAUCCGUACAUGCCGCACAUGGUGGUGAUGGCGGUCCUCUACGUGGUGAUUCUGGCUUGUGCUCAUCUGGCGACCAUGGCCUUGGUCGGCAGUGUGGGCGGACCAGACGCACCGAUGGCGGCGACGGUCCGGGUUGCCGGCGCCGCCCUGGCUGCGGUUGCUGUCCUUGCCGCGUACGUGUACACCCCGUUCCAGAUCCCGGCGGCAGAGAGUGGAACGUGCGUCCUGGCCGAGAUGGAGGUGUUCCAGGGCUGGGUCCGUGGUGCGCUGGUCGUGUUGGGCCUCGUCUUUGUUGCCGUUGUCACUGCGGUUACUGACCCGCUCCGCCGGCUAGGCCUUGCGCAGAUCUUUGAGUCAACGCGAAGCCUGCCGGGCGAGGAGCCGCCGAUUGUGGGCCGGCUCCUCUUCCCGCUCCUUGUCGGGCCUGCUCUCCUUCUCACUGUUGCACCCGAGCUCACCGCUACCCGGUUCUCGCUCCUCGUCGCCUGGCUCGGCUUUGCGGUCAUGGCCGAGUCGUUCACCUACGAGGCCUUCACCGAAGUCGUCCAUCAGGUCCGCCUCGAGCUUGCCGAGCUGUGCUUUGUCUGAUGAGCCUCGGCUGGCCAUGGCCUUGUCUGCCCGGGCGAUCUCCGGCACCGGCACCUGCUCACGCCAUCAACUCGGGUCGGCAUAGUAAUAAAGUCUUUCCCAAGCCGA